AUGCCUGCUACAACAACCGUUCAACCUUCAGUUAUAGCUCACGUACAUCCUCUUGUUUUACUUUCAGCAACUGAUCAUUAUAAUCGUGUUGCAAAGGAUACAAAAAAGCGCGUUGUUGGUGUUUUACUCGGUCAAAAUAAAGGAAAGACAGUUAAUAUUUCCAACAGCUUCGCUGUCCCUUUUGAAGAAGAUGAAAAGGAUCCUUCAGUUUGGUUUUUAGAUCAUAAUUAUGUCGAAGCAAUGAAUGACAUGUUCAAGAAAGUUAACGCAAAGGAAAAGCUAAUUGGAUGGUAUCAUAGUGGACCAAAACUUCGUUCAUCAGAUUUAGAAAUCAACGAACUUUUCAAGAGAUAUACGCCUAAUCCAGUUCUUGUCAUUAUUGAUGUUAAACCUAAUGAUGCCGAAAUACCCACAGAUGCUUAUUUUGCAAUUGAAGAAAUCAAGGAUGAUGGUACAGCUACAACAAAAACAUUCAUGCAUGUUCCAUCAGAGAUAGUUGCAGAGGAAGCAGAAGAAAUCGGUGUAGAACAUUUACUAAGAGAUAUUAAAGAUAAUGCAGUUGGUACAUUAUCCACACGUAUUGCUGCCCAGUUAUCAUCUUUGGGUGGUCUUCAAGGCCGUCUCGAAGAAAUUCGUGAUUAUCUUCAAAAAGUUGUGAGUGGUAAAUUACCUGUAAAUCACCAAAUUAUUUACAAUUUACAGGAUAUCUUCAAUUUACUCCCCAACCUUGAAAAUCAAGAUAUGGUCAACUCUUUCAGUACAAAAACAAAUGAUCAGUUAUUAUUAAUUUACUUGUCAAGUAUGAUUCGUGCUGUCAUUGCUCUUCAUAAUUUGAUUGAUAAUAAGAUUGAAAAUCUUAAGAACGAAAAUGCUUUGGAAAAUACAGAAGAGACUGAUAAGAAAGAAGUAAAGGACUCAGAUGCUGAUGUGAAGGAAGCUACUGAAAAAACAGAAGAUAUGCAAAUUGAAUAA